CGGACUGUUUGGUACGUUAGAUAUGUAAGGCACAAUUUCUUCAACAUAUUGUGACCUAUAACUUCUCAUGGUUUCUCUCAAUGCAUAUUAGAAACACUUAAUGUUGGUCUUUCUUUUAAGGGAAUUAAUGCCAUACUACUACUUUCCAGUAGUAGUGUUUAAAUACAUUUUGACCCUUAUACUGUGUGAUAUGCUCAAGCAAAGCUUAUAACCUUCGGGUCAUCUUUUGUGGCCCCUUCUUGUUGGUGGAUCGAGAUCUUGUCUACUUCAGUGCAAUCCUCUAAACUGUCAGGUCUUCUGUCUGAUGUUUGUGCUGCAUCCUGCUCCUCCGAUUCCUUGUUUCCUUCAUGUUUGUCUUCAGGGCAUUUUGAGUACCUUCUACAUAGUAAUCCUUUCUUAGCAGGUUUUACCAAACCCAGAAACAGGGCGCCGAUUCCCAUGCCAGCUGCACAGGAGUAGAAGGCUGAUCCAUAGUUCUGAGUCAUGUCCACCAGCAUACCUGGGGGACACAGGAAGAUUAUUAAAACACUGUAAGUCAGGCUUAGAAAAUAAGACUGAUGAUGUCUCAGUGACAUCAUUAGGGUUCUUUCAUACUGGGGAUGGCAAAUGGUUCAUAGAAAGCCCAUACUAUGGGCCAAAUAGUUGGACUAUCUGCAUCUGCCUCACCAAAUUUGACCAUCUUCAAGAUUUAAUAUCUGACUUUUAUUACAUGAAUAAGACUUUUAUCCUCACUAGACCUCAAAUGUCUCAGUUUGUGAUUCUCUCUUCCUGUCUUGCUCUUAAUCUUUUUGUUUGGAUUAUAUUCUAAAUUCAAUUUUACCUAUGUACAAUCAAUGAAAUGCUAAAUCUAAAUCAAACAUCACCCCUAUAUUUCAGAUAAUGAAUUUGGUAUUUAACCAUGGCUAGUACUUAUAGUAAACUUGAAUACAGAUAAUCUCACCUCCGAGAGGGGGUCCAGCCAGCCCAGCAAAGCUUUGAAUGAAUACAUAAACACCAGCAGCCGAAGACAUCCUCUCUAUGCCCACCACAUCAUCCUCAGCCAGCAUGGGGAUGUGUGUGCUUGUUAGAGUUCCCAAAAAGAACCCAUAAAUUGCACAGCACACAGCCAGGCCAUAGUACUCUUUAACCAAGGUAAAUCCAACCAGAUCAGCAGUCAAUAAAAUGACACACACCAGAAGUACAUAUAGCUUAUGCGCCCUGAGACGCUCCCGUGUCAGGAUCCAUCCGAUGCUUAAUCGGCCAAAGAUUUCAGCCACGGCCAUGGUAGAGAGCAUGUAGGUGGCACGGUCCCGCUCCACGCCUCGAGUCACACUCAGCUCAAUGAUGUAGAGUUGAGGGGCAAAGAAGCCAAGCGUGACAAACAGUCCAAACAGAGAAUAGAAAAUAAAGCUGCACUCUCUGAGGACUGAAAAAUCCAGAAGUUUUGUCUUCUUUAAAGAUACCUUUUGAUCACCCGGUUUCUUUUCAUCAUUUACCAACUGUUUCUCUGCAUCAUGGCAGUUGUUUUCCACUGAUGCGUCUUCUUUGGCCAGUAAACUCUUCUCCUCUGGACUGCUGUGUUCUGCAUCCUUUAGAGGCUGGACACUAGAGUCCCCGGUGCUCACAGAGCCUCUGAUGAGGUCAUUGUCCUGACUUUUGGAGGUAGUUUGUUCAUGUGAGGUAUUGUUCUCUGGGUUUGUGCCCUCUACAUUCUCCUGAGUACUGAGGGCUUCCAGUUCCUUUUGGGAUGAUGUGUCGGUCUCUGCUUUAAGGUCCUCUCUGGGUUUGAUAACAAUUGGCCGGAGAAGAGCACCAAAGAUGAUGAUGGUUCCCUGAAGGCCUCCCAUCACUACCAUGGUUUUUCGCCAGCCAACAUGGUCCCUCAGUGCUGAAAAGGCUGAAGGACAAGAGGAGGUUUUUGGAGGGGGUGUUCUCAUUAAGAGUACGGACCAUCUGUCCGUCCUCGUGCGGCUGACGCAACGCACCCGGUCAGGCAGUGGCUCGUGAACAUUGGACAAUGUGACUUUAAUGACUGCAACACACACUCUAUUUUGACCCAGAAUGGUGGAAGCUUUCACCUGGCUCCUUCUGUCUGGGAUGCUGAUGUGUGGUCUACUGCUCCACACCCUGCACAAGCAAGAAGGAAAUGUUGAUCAAACCAGUAAAAAGCCAAAUUUCAUCAUUAUACUGGCAGAUGAUAUAGGCUGGCAUGACCUGGAUGCUAACCAGCCUGAAAGGAAAGCAAAUCACACACCUUACCUGAACCUGAUGGCUGAGCAGGGACUCAGAUUGACAGAUUUCCAUUCUCCUGCCUCGACCUGCUCUCCGUCCCGUGCUGCCAUCCUGACAGGCCGCUACGGCCUCAGAAAUGGGGUGACUCAUAACUUUGCUGUGGGCUCAGUGGCUGGCAUGCCGCUGUCUGAAGUCACCUUCCCCCAGCUGCUGCAGAAGGCAGGAUAUUUUACUGCCAUGAUUGGGAAAUGGCAUCUAGGUCACAAUGGACUAUACAGUCCAACUAACAGAGGUUUCGACUACUACUUAGGUGUCCCCUACAGUAAUGACAUGGGCUGCACUGACAAUCCAGGAUAUGAUCUGCCUCAGUGCCCCCCCUGUGACUCAUCUAGACCGGAAGUUAUCAGAUUACAGAGAAGUGUACAUGGAGGCUGCUACUCCAAAGUGGGCCUCCCUUUGAUUGAAAACAGCAGUAUUGUGGAGCAGCCGCUUGACCUGUGGACACUAACAGAACAAUACAAAUCUGCUGCAACCAGGAUUAUACACAAUGCAAGGGAGCGAGGCCAGCCCUAUCUCCUGUACUUAGCCUUAGCUCACAUGCACGUUCCCCUAGCCCCUCCACUCUCUCCGUACGCCUCCUCCACCAGCAGCAGGGUGUAUCGUGCCAGCCUGCGAGAGAUGGACAGCCUGGUGGGGGCUGUAAAGAGCGCUUCUGAUGAAUCUGAUAAAGACAAUACUCUCAUCUGGUUCACUGGUGACAAUGGUCCUUGGGAGCAGAAGUGCCAAUAUGCAGGAAGUGUUGGACCUUUCAUGGGGAAGUGGCAGACCAGCAGAGGUGGAGGCUCAGCGAAGCGCACCACCUGGGAGGGAGGUCACAGAGUGCCAACAGUCGCUUAUUGGCCUGGGAGGAUCCCUGCAAACACCACCAGCGCCUCCCUGCUCAGUGGUAUGGACAUAUUUCCAACUCUUCUGUCACUGGCAGGAGCAACUCCCCCUUCAGAUAGAUGCUAUGAUGGCAUUGACGCUACAAAUAUUCUCCUGCAUGGUGAUCAGGGGGGUCAUGAGUUUCUCCUCCAUCCUAACAGUGGCACUGCUGGGAGAUUUGGUGACCUGCAGACAGUUCGGAUGGGGAAAUAUAAAGCUUUCUACAUCACAGGUGCAGCUGAGGCGUGUGGCGGUGCGACAGGAAGGCAGCAGCUCCAUGACCCGCCAUUGAUAUUCGAUCUGGAGCGUGACGAGGCUGAGGAAACACCUCUAGACGUCCAGACACCCAAUUACCAAGCAGCAGCAAAGAGGAUCGCUCGCAGGAGGGAGGAGUUACUGUGGGACAUUGCGACUGAUAAGUCAGUGUCCACAGCAGAUUACAGCACGGACAAUUCAGCAGUGCCCUGCUGCAACCCCAGACAGACAGUUUGCCGCUGCCACACACUGGGCUGAGGGUGGGGAAUCACACACGCACACACUAACACAACAAGAGUGGAGCACUGAUGUAAGCAAACAGAUGUGGAGACAGAUGUCUCCUCUUGACAUGCUCAGCUGUUUGUGGAACGUCCUGUUUGGGAGGUUCAAUGUCCAGAUGCAGCGGGAGACAUGCAAACAAGAAAGGAGGGCUAGUCGGUCCAAAGGGACGAACUUUGACUUUGUUUGAUCAAUAACCAGGACGAAUAAGACAAGUUACAUUACAUGAUCAAUCUAAGAGUAAUUCAACAAAUAAAAAAUGUGAGGUUCCUUAAA